AUGCCCUUUUUCAAAAGAUACCACUUUUCACACCACCAUCACCACCACAGGUCAUCACCACCCGGAGAUCAAGAAAUGUCAGACUUUCAACACCACCCCGGCCAUUCGAGGAUAAACUCUGGCAAGUCAUCUUCAGCCAGCAGCAACAGCGGCUACGAUCUCGACGACGACGCCAUCACGCCGUGUCCGCUGCUGGAGACAACAACUAGCCAUCAAACACACCGCUCUCACCUCCGUGACCUUCAACCAAUCCACCACCGUCUAUCACCAAAUCAACACAAAUAUGGCAGCCUGAGUCGAACCUCGAGCCAGAAAAGGCCGGCGUCGAGGUCCGAGUCGUGGAGGACCAGCCAGCCUCGGCCAUUCCACGGAUAUGUUGGGGACUACGACGAGGAAGAGGAAGGGUUGGAUACGGAAAUCCUAUGGAAGCAGAUGCUGGCGGUGCAGGACAGGUUCGGGUGCUAUAAUUCAGCGAGAAUGAGGGCGGCUCUGGAAGGGGGCGAUACCUCGAUUCCAUCGAAAAUAUGCCUUGAUCUCAUCAACGACAGCAUAGGUGAGAUGCCCGAAGACGCAAGGCAGAGGAUCGAGUUAUUCCUCGAGAGGGAAGGCAGCGGGGCAAUGGUGAGAAGAGGGAAGUGGAAGAAGUUUUGGCACAGGGUUAUUUAUGUCUGAGUUCUUCAUUGUCAAAUAAACCAAAUCAUGGAAAUACACCAAUCCGACCACCGCCAAGAGCAAUGGAAACCACCUCAUAAUUCUCCCCACCGUGCCCAACAGCAUGAACAACCACCUCCUCCCCAAACGGCCACCCCGACCCCUUCACCCACCUCCUCUCGUCAAUCUCGCUCUCCUCAUCCCCCGUCUCCCGCUCAUCAUACUGCGCAAACAUGCCCUGGUCCCUCUCCCCGCGCAGCAAGCUCUUGGCCUUUUCAAACGCCUCCUUCCGGGGCACACAGCAACCCGCCAGCUCGGUCCGCUGAAACGCGGUGCUGUUCUUGUCCCCUUUGGCAUGUUUGAAAUCCCAUUUUGUCUGCAAGAUGUAAUGCAAAUUGGCAUGUCCACAACAGGUAUCCGUCUCGUGCUGCGGGACCGUCGGGCCGGCGCCCUCUUUCCCUUCUCCGGGGUGGGAGUGAUGAGGCAGCUUGUCCUCGUUGGGCUUGGCCACGACGCCGACGAGGAAUUCCUGUCCCGAGGGGGACAGGGCGUACACCUGAAUGUUGUCGCCGUAGGGCCAUUCCUGAUACGGAUGGAGGCUCGACUGGGUGACAAACUUGGUGAAAUCCGAAGGCGAGUAGUUGAGCGACUCUUUCAGGGCCACCUGGGCCCAGGCUUUUGCGGAGUCCAGAUCGGUGUGGGUUCCCAGG